CCGGUGGUGGGGCGGGGCGGCGGCGGCCUCCUGCUGCGCGGUUCCCCGGCGGCGGCGGCGGCUGUGGCUGUGGCUGUGGCUGUAACGGCAACGCGAUGGUGUGCGGAGGCUUCGCCUGCUCCAAGAACUGCCUCUGCGCCCUCAACCUGCUCUAUACGCUGGUAAGCCUGCUGCUGAUUGGAAUUGCGGCAUGGGGAAUUGGCUUUGGCCUCAUCUCUAGUUUCAGAGUUGUUGGAGUGGCAAUUGCAGUAGGAAUCUUCCUCUUCCUUAUUGCCUUAGUCGGAUUGAUUGGUGCAGUGAAACAUCAUCAAGUAUUGCUGUUCUUUUACAUGAUUAUUCUUUUGCUAGUCUUCAUUGUCCAGUUUUCUGUCUCUUGUGCCUGUUUAGCACUAAACAAGGAACAGCAGAGUCAACUUCUAGAGGUGGGAUGGAAUAACACUAACAGCGCGAGAACAGACAUUGAGAGAAAUUUGAAUUGUUGUGGAUUCAGAGUUUUUGAUCCGAAUGAAACCUGCGCCUCUGAUUGUUUUAGAAGUCACCACUGUCAACCAUGUGCACCAAUAAUAGAAGAACAUUCUGUAAUGGUGCUGAGAUUUGUUGGAGGCAUAGGACUCUUCUUCGGUUUCACAGAGAUUCUGGGAGUCUGGCUGACAUAUAGAUACAGGAACCAAAAGGAUCCCCGUGCAAACCCCAGUGCAUUUCUUUGAUAAAUUUAUAAAGGACUGAAUCUUCUUUCUGUGCUGUCUGCUUCAAACUAUUGAUUCUCCAUAGUUUGGUAUUUCUCCAUAAUAGGUAUUCUACGUAUAACCAAAAGAAAACUUUAUUUUCCAUAAGAAAUUUGUAGUUUUCAUAUUUAAUUUCCCACUAUUUUUCUUCUAAGAAUCUCUAUCUUGAAGUAGACUGGUGUGUUCAGUGUCUGGGCAGAGGCAGACUGCUGCUCUGAGCCGGUUAAAUCACUUAAAUAAAUCGAUGUGGUGAACUCUAUACAGUGAGUCAUAUAGCACUGGCUUCUGUGGUGUCCAAAAAAACCUGAAAGUAUUUUCUGCUGUAUUCAUUGAUUACAAAAAAUUCACAUGACUUCUCAUUAAAAUAAUAAAAAUAUAUGGUGGAUGGUUGGAUUGUA